UUGGUGUUCGGUCAUAAAAUAAAAUUGAGAAAUCUUGCAAAGCACGAGGUGUUCAGUGAUGGUGACUUAUUUAGGAACAUUAUAUCCGUAAAAGUAUAUUAUAACUACAUUAACCGGUUAUCUUACAGAAAUUUCACUACAUUUUUUUACUGUGAUAAAAUAUCUUUCACGUACACAGAUUCAUUUACAAGAGGUUUGUGGUACAUAAUGCCACCGAAAGGGAAACGAAAUGGUGGUGCUACGAAGGCAUCCUCAGGGGAUGGUAAAAGAAAAAACAAAGGUGUACCUGUAAGAAAUGAAGGCAAAAGUUCUGAUGAAAAUGAAACUGAAGAAUUAAAAGCUCCAAGCCGUCAAAGUAAGAGAAAUAUAAAUAAAGUUGUAACUUACAAAGAUGAAGAUCUGUCAGAUGAUGAUGUACGUCCAGAAGGAGGAGUAAAGCUUAGUAAGAAAGAAAAGCACGAUGAAGAUUCAGACAUAUCAGAUGAUAACGAAGUCACAUCUGGAGGUGAAUUCGUAGCAAAAGUAAAGAAUCCGUCUGGUAGCAAGAAAUGGUCCAGCAACCAAGACAGUGAAGAUAUACAUGAUACUGAUGAAAGUAUUUCAGAAGAUGAAUCAGAAUCAAAAACGAAGAAAGAUAAACCACCUCCAGCUAAGAAACCUAGGGUUUACAAACCACUUUUAAAUAAGACACACAGUGAUUAUGAAUCUCUUGACUUUUCUAAUGAUAAGACAACUUCUGAUGGUGAACGUUGGAACUUGAAGAUUUCUUCUUGGAAUGUUGGUGGUCUAAAAGCAUGGGUUAAGAAAAAUGGUAUUGAUUUCUUAAAACAUGAAAAUCCAGAUGUAUUUUGCCUGCAAGAAACUAAAUGUUCAGAGAGCAAACUCCCUCCAGAAGUGAAGGUGGGCGGCUAUCACACAUAUUGGCUUUCAGGAGAAAAGGAUGGUUAUGCUGGUGUGGGUCUUUACACCAAGAAAGAACCAAUCAAAGUAACCUAUGGUCUGGGGAAAAAAGAAUUUGACACUGAGGGCCGUGUCAUUACCGCAGAGUAUGAAAACUUCUAUUUGGUUGCUGCAUAUGUUCCUAAUGCUGGCCGAGGACUUGUAACCUUACCCAAAAGAAUGAAAUGGGAUCCAGAUCUUCGUACGUAUGUUAAAGAGUUGGAUGCGAAGAAACCUGUAAUUUUGUGUGGGGAUAUGAAUGUUUCACACCACCCUAUUGAUCUUGCAAAUCCAAAAACAAAUACAAAAAAUGCGGGCUUCACUCAAGAGGAACGAGAUGGAUUGACAGCAUUGCUUGAAGAAGGUUUUGUUGAUUCGUUCAGGCACUUGUACCCAGAGAAGACAGGAGCGUACACUUACUGGACAUACAUGGGUAAUGCUCGUUCUAGAAAUACAGGAUGGCGGUUGGAUUACUUCAUCUUGUCACAGAAAUUAAUACCAAAUUUAUGUGACAAUGUAAUUCGAAGUGAAGUUUAUGGAAGUGACCAUUGUCCCAUCACACUCCUUAUCAACAUAUAAAGUUAUCUGUUUGCAGAAUCAUGUGCAUUCCUCUCAAACUUCUUUUAUGUCUUUUUUCAUUUAUGUGUAAAUCUUAUUGAGGAAGCAACCAGUAAUUCAAAAGAGGUGCAGGUUUUAAUAAACUGUAAUACAGGGAGAUACUGAAGAGAGAAAGUCAUCAGAAAUUAGACAAGUAUGAAUUGUUUUGUGGGUUAGAUCCUGGUGGCAAAAUGCUAUCACAUUUUUUCAUCCAAGAUCCUCCCAGUACUGUAUAUUGCAUUGGAAACUUUUUAAUCAAACAGUAAAUAAGGGCAGUCUUAAUUCUUUGAAGGGAACUUUUUUAACCCUUCAUGCCGGUUGCCCAAGAGCAGCUAGAAUGCUCCUUACCAGCAGUAUCCCGAGUACGUACUUGCCGUUUGCUUUGCUAGGUUGACAUCCAGUCCUUGUCUAAAGUUUAUCUCUGUUAGAAAGACAAUGAAAUGUGGUACUUUGUGGUGGGAAUAUUAAUUAUUCUGAAGUACAUAACCAACAACUAAUUCUGUUUUGUUAAUAAGUGUGGUGGCAACAAAAUGCCUCUAUGACUCUGUAAGAGGGGCUUACUCUUUAUUUUCAUACUGCCUCAAUUCUGUUUCAUGAUUGCUCAAGAAGAUGACUAUCUGUGGGAUAUUGAACAAUGUAGUCUCAUAAAGGUUUACUGAUGCUUCAGAGGUAGCUUAUUGCUUGUUAUUUGGGUGAUGAGUCAUGGUGGAUGGAGUAAGCACUUCUGAAAUGUUGGUCAGUUUUUGCCUGACUGGAUGGUGCAAUAUUCCAGAAGACAGUCAUCUUCAUAUUCACCGCCAUGAGCACCAGAAAUCUCGCACGUGAUUGUUAAAGAAUGAAAAUGUUUAUUUGGGCAUACAGCCACUUAAGUUGCCUCAUUUUGUUGUAAUUGUUCCCAUUAAAAUUACGUGCACAAACGUAAACUGUGCAUGAAUAUGCAGGCAUUCAUAUGAUGACAGGAGCAGCAUUCUGUAUCAUACCAGUAUUUACAAUUGUAAGCAGUAAAUAAGAAAACAUGACCCAAAUAGGAUUUGAUCAUAUAACAUCUGCAAACAAACAGAAAACGCUAACUCUUAAGUUAAACUUCAUUGGUAAGUUAUAAACUUACUUUGUAAGUACGACACUAACACAAGAUUUGUAUGAUUAGAAAUCUGUGCUAUACGAAAGUAGGCUGUAUGAGAUCUACUUGGAAUUCCUUUAUCCAUUGGUACAUUCUUGGACGGUUGCUUUCAAUUACAAAUUUGAUGUCUUUUGGGAGGAAAACUGCUGUAAGAGGAACAAGGAUUUUUUUUCAGUUGAGUACUCGUUUCAUACACUAAUUUGUAUUGAAUAAGAGGGUAAAGUGAAUAUCUGUUGAAUAACUUCUGUAGAAAAGUGUGUUGUAGUACACAAAUAAUUGACUUUUUAAUGGUAUGGUAUCAACUGUUGAUAAUAGCAUCAGUUAAUGGAUGCGGUGAGAAACGUUAUGAUAUCAAAGUUAAGAAAUUGUAGUCUGAAGAAUUGAUCACGGAGAAGAAAUUUACAAGAUGCUUGUCAUGGUAUCCCAGUCCUUGUCUGAAUUUCUUUGAUGUGUGUGGCAUAAAUGGGAACUUAAUCAAGUUCAUGUUUAGAACCCUUACCUACACUUUCCAGCACGGAGUAUAGUAUUCUAUAUCUUGAACUGUGUAGUCUUGAAGGUGAUUUCUUCAAAAUGCAAGACCACAUGGCAACACAAUUCACAUUUUCAGUGCCACAAAAAUCUCACAUCUUAUAUACAUUUUAUUAUUUUGUAUUGGUUUUUUUAAUGACACUUUCAGUAGCGAGGAAUAUAUAGUAUCACCGUACAUGUUAAAUGACUGGCUACCAACAGAACUUGGCUGUAAAGUUAAUUACAGUUUGUAAUUAUAUUAAAGCAUUCAAACAGUGUAUUGUAUUGUAGCUGUUAGUAUAAUAAAUCUACUGUUCUUUCAUUUUUA